CAAGCAGGUACAGUCGAACAAUGAUGGGGAAAAUGCUAUUGGAGCAUUUAGAGACUAAAAAUGAACCCAUUGACCAUGUACAGGUGAUUGACACUAAAUAUCUAAUUAUUUACAAUUCAUUUGCUUUGUAUGUCAAGGGCAAACCUAGACUUUCUCAGAUAUAAACUUUUGCUUUUCUUGUACGCUUUCAAUCCAGUGGUACUUGUGUAAUAUGUCAAACUUUGAUGAAGAAGUAACGAAAUUAUUCAUACAGUUUGACCUUGAUGAAGAAUCACAAAAAUUCCUAAAAAAUUGCGACGAGAAAUCAAAUUAUGUGUUCACACAAAUGGCGCAUAAUGUCAUGAAAGGGAUCCUGGGAUACUUCAUGUCCCUAACCACCAUUAAUGGGUGAGUGAACACAGCCCCUGGGCGUCACUAGAGGUGUGUGUGUGAGGGGGGGGGGGGGAGUGGAACACCCCCACUUGCCAAUUAGUCAGCAAAUUAUUUUCUCCUAGUCAGCGAGAAUUUGGGCAAAAUUUAUUAAAAAAGCAUCAAUUGGACCAAUAUGAGAUUACAAUAACUGGACCUCUGGGCCUUUUUUAAUUAAUAAGAACUAUCCUUUUUUUAAUUAAUAAGAACUAUCCUUUUUUUAAAUUUUUUUAUCCAGUUAAUAUAAGUUUAUUAUUCGAUAUAAAUAAAAUAAUCUAUAAAUAUAAUUCAACAUUUUAUAAGUAUUAAUUUCAAUAAAAUUUCCUUUAGAAUUUUAAACAGAGGCUCAAUGUUUGUGUUCUCCCAGGCUCAAUUCCGUCAAUUAAUGAACAUUGAUGAGACGUGGAAAGCUGAUUCACUGCUCGACUUAGGAGCAGGGGAUGGUCAGGUCACUAAAAUGAUGGAGAGCCACUUUAACAAGAUAUAUGUGACAGAACAAUCACCUAGCAUGCGGUGGAGGUUACGUCAGAUGAAUUACGAAGUCUUGGAAAUUGAUGAUUGGACGAUGAAAACUUAUGAUGUCAUAAGUUGUUUGAACUUGUUAGAUAGAUGUGAUAAGCCAUUGAGCUUACUAGAAGACAUUUGUAAAUCUUUGAAUCCUCAUGGAGGGAGGUUGAUAAUUGCUGUGGUGUUGCCUUUCAGUCCUUGUGUCGAGUCAGGUAGUGGCAAAGCUUGUAUCUUUCACAAGGGCGGAUUUUCAUUUGUUUUAAAGGAGGGGUAGAAAAAUGUCUGGUGGGCCGGUGGGGUGCAAGCGGCACCACUGAGCGAGCUUCGACAGGGGUUAGUCGUUAAGGUUAAAGACUUUCACACAAAAUAGGAGGGGUGAAGCAAAAUUUUGGUGGGGUUGAACACUUUAUAAGAGGGGUUAGAGAGAUUCUAGGAGGGGUUUAACCCCCCCCCCAGUAAAUCCACCCAUGAUCUUUCACAUCUGUGACCCUGGUUUGAUUUCUAUGAUAUGCAGUUAUCUGUAAUUUGCUUCAAUUCCAUAUGGGAAGAGUCCUUCCAGUUAGGCUCCACCUGGCCUAGAUUCUUUACCCGGCUGGCUUUGGCAGGUUUGGUCAAUUUUAGGCUUGCAUUUGGUAAGUAUGACGUCACUUGCAAAAUGAAAGCAACGCAUGUGAGGUCGUCAUUCUUACCAAAUGCUAGCCCAAAAUUAACCAAACAAGGAGUGGUUCUUACUGGACCUCCAAGGGAACAACAGCAAGAAAUCAUUGUUAGUUUAGUUCAGGAUUCCUCCUAUUACAGUAUAUGGUAACACUUCAGAAAUAAAGGAUGGUCCUCCUCACUGGGCCUCCAGGGGGAACAAUAUAGAACAGAUAGAGCUAUCCAGUUUAUUUUAUUGAAGCACCUUUCAUUUAAAAUAUAAUAUAUAACGUAUGUGUGUCUCCUUUCCGCUUUCAGGGUCAAGAAUUAUAAAACCGAGUGAAAGAAUCGCGCUGAAAGGCAAGCUGUGGGAAGAACAAGUAGCAAGCUUUGUAAAUGACGUUUUUAUUCCUGCUGGAUUUCUAGUAGAAUCAUUCUCAAAACUGCCUUACUUAUGUGAAGGAGAUAUGUACAGAGAUUUUUAUGUUUUAAGCGAUGCAGUAUUUGUAUUACGACCGCGGUUAUAGCAACUAGUAAACUAAAGUAAAGGGAUUACGACCUUUCCUCAGGAUCUUUCUGAAAAUCUCUUUGAAAAUAAAUAUUAAUUAAAAAAAAAUAUUAGAUACCUAAUGUAGUAAUAGUAAUGGUUUUUAUAUCAAAUUAUAUUGUAUAAUAUCUUAUGUUCACGCCUACUUGAACUAUAUAUAACUUUAUUUAUACUGGAUAGUUUAGACUUGCUACAAGUCUACUCACAUGUAUUGUAACUUGUUUUGCAUUGUAACAGUCCGUUACAGUAAAAGGAGUAAAAAGGAACGAGCGGACUAAAUUAUAAAUAACACGAAUGGGCUAAAAAAUACAAGUCGACUUGUGGCAAGUCUAUUGAUAGCUCUAUCAGUUCUGAACGGUUUUCCUUAGAGGCUGGAGAACCAGUACCCCCAGUAGAUAUCAAGUGUUACUGCAGGAAGCAACCGAGUACCCGGCGAAAAUCCGUGGUGUUUAUUGAGUGAAACUGGGAGUACUUUUCUCACAAGUGACUGAGGCGAAAUUACAGUCAGACAACUACGUCGGUAUUGCGGGAAUCGAACCUCGGUCACAGGCUUGAAAGUAUAGUCUAACCACUGUCCUACCAACACCUGGUGAUAUAUGGUUAUCUGGAUUUAACAUUAAUUGGCACCAAUUGUUUCUGGCUAUCUGCAGAGCUACACUCUGCAGGUUUUAACAUUUUGAUUUUAUACGUUUUCGACUUCUUAACGAGACUCUUAUUCUCGUCUUCCAACACUUCAACCUGUUUCUUCAAUUCCAAAAACUCCCCAAACGAACACUUGGAUCCUUCCAACUCCUUUUUAAGCUUCGACAUUUCAUGUUGCACGGAAGAGAGUUCGCUUCUCAAAAAAUUUCUUUCCUGUGUGAUUACCUGUAGUUCGUUUAAAGCAUCCUUGUGUUUCAUUUUCAGGCUUUUUAGUUCGGCUGUGCUUUUUUCAUGAAGAUGUUUCAGCCAGCCGUUCUCAAAUUCGAUUCUUGAAGCAGAAUUCUUCACUUGCUCGAGUUCUU